CUUCUACCUCGCCCUGGACAUUUAUUUCUUGAGCAACAUCGUCUUUUAUAAGCCAUCGCGCUGUCCUUUUUGUGGGAACAUUGAAUUUGUACUUCCCUCUCAUUUCAAAGAAUGACCAGCGUCUGACUGAGAGAUCCCAAGUCCGUCUAUUCGAUUUACUCGCCAAUUCCUUGUCGAUCUUCCGCCUCGGGUCUCCGUCCCUUCUAAGUCAUAUACAAAAUGUCGUCCAACGGCACACACCACGCUCGUCGAUAUUGUACACAGAUAACUCCGGAAUGUCCUGUGGAACUAACGACUUACGGCUAUUAUCCCAAUCUCAGUGUCAAUUCAUUCUUCAUUGCGCUGUUUGGCCUAUGUCUGUUUGUUCAACUAGGCCUGGGCACAUGGCGACGGACAUGGACCUAUCUUGGUGUCGUGGCCGUGGGCUGUUUUGGUGAAGCUGUCGGCUAUAUUGGACGAGUCAUCAUGCACUCCAAUCCCUGGUCUCCUGCAGGAUUCAAGACUCAGAUCUGCUGCCUGGUUCUCGCACCUAGCUUUUUGGCAGCAGGUAUCUACGUCACGCUGAAGCACCUCGUCCUCUACUGUGGCCCGGAGCAUUCGAGACUGAAACCGAGGCUAUACCCCUGGGUUUUCAUUGGUUGCGAUUUUGGAUCGAUCGUGCUGCAGGCCAUUGGCGGCGGUACUGCCGCGGCCGCCGGUGAUCAAGGCCAAAACAAGAAACUGUUGGAUGUUGGUGAUGGAUUGAUCGUGGCCGGUAUCGCUUUUCAAGUUGCCACAAUGGCCGUCUGCGCUGUGCUCAUGCUCGACUACUUCCUUCGCUUCCAGAAGGCCAAAAAGGCAAACUCGGUCACCCAUUCGGAAAGCGAGUAUGAGAAAAAUGCGACUGAUGCUAAGACGAGUCGGAAUUUCCGCAUUUUUUGCUUUGCGAUUGGAUUUGCGUUCCUUACGAUCUUCAUCCGAUGCAUCUAUCGUCUUCCUGAAAUGGCAGGUGGCUGGGGAAAUUCUCUGAUGCAAAAAGAGACCGAAUUUUUAGUGCUUGAUGGCAUGAUGGUGGGCAUUGCUUCUGUGUUGAUGACCGUCUUUCACCCCGGGUUCUUCUUUGAACCAAUGAGGAAAUUCAAGAAAUGAUCUUCCUCCGUAUAACUGCAUUAGCCGGCGCCCUGCGAAGUGGACCACAACCGUGAUGGAUGACAGCCGAGAAUAGUGAUGGAGCAUCUUGACGAGCAUCAAGCAUGUUAUGAUAAGCAGCGCGAAUAUUGCCUAGAAUAUAUGAUCGCUACAGUAGCCUUCGGGCCUUGGGAAAUGGAAGGUUAUUAAAUUCCACCGCAGCUCCCAAAUGUCGUGGUGGCCUACAUGUUAGAUGCUGCUGAUCUUCUUACUCAAGGUCGAUGGCCUGGAAUACUUGCCAUUGAUGUCACUAGAUAUAUAGUCCGGCGGUGAUAACGUGGUGAGACAGAGACGUCGUCCGAGGCUUUCCGGGCAGGCCGAACACGAACUUUGCGGCUUGCCAAGUCCGAUACCUGAACGUAGG